AUGCCGACUGGUAGUACCUGGAUGAUGGAUGAAGCUACCCGUAACAAAUUCCUGAAGAACUACAAAACCCAGGUGGCCUCGGCGACUUCCACGAUCUGCGCGACUCUUGCUGUAACCCCUCUUGAAAAUGUGAAAACUCGCAUGCAGACCCACAACUUUAAGAAUGUAUUUCAGUGUGUCCGCUAUUUGUGGCGGACUGAAGGUCCCCGUGGCUACGUUGCCGGGGCUCUGCCACCUUUAGCGAGUGUUACAGCUGUUCGGGUUGUAAACUUCUCUACAUAUAACGCUGCCAAACAUCGUAUCUCCGAUUUCUUUGAGAGAAUGACUGGCCAGUCUCCCCUGGCUAUGUACAAUCAACCGGGCAGCACACCUACCGUCGCUACCUUUGUGACGUUCACCACUGCUGGACUAAUUGCUGGACUCAUUACUUCUCCGCUUGCAUGCCCCUUUGAGCUUGCUAAGAAUGUUGUUCAGACCUCGGUCUUGGUGUCAAAUCGUGCCCAGGCCUCGCCGGACGCGGUCAAGGACCCUUCAUUGCGUAACAAGCCCCGUCUCGGCACUAUAGAGGCGAUUCGGCAGAUCGUCCAACGUUACGGAAUCCGUGGCCUGUAUACUGGCUUUCAUUUGCACGCUCUGCGUGACACUCUCGGGUCUGGCUUAUACUUCAGUGUCUACGAAACGGUAAAGCAAGUUGCUUCCAAAGAGCUUGGUCCAGACAAAUCCCCAUUCGGCGGUCCCAUGAUUGCCGGGGCGAUUUGCAGCACGGUUCCGUGGUUUUGUACCUACCCACUUGAUACUCGCAAGACUCGCGCCCAGAGCGUGUUGCUCGGAAAGUCCAGCGAAGUCGGAGAGGCGUCGGCCGCGGUUGCCAAGUCCAGCAUAAAUAUCCUUCAAAUCCCCUUUCGACGCUCUCACACCGUCUCACUGUCAGAUGCGAUCACCCAGUAUAUCUCCACCAAAUAUGACCAGCGUCCAGAUAUGUUCGCAGAUGAUCUACUGAUCAUAGAUCGCCUCCGCAAUGAAGCGAUUCACGUCCAGGAGCCGCAUAUUAGUGGGAUCAGCCGGUUGGUCACAUAUGCCGCGCAGUUGAAAUGGCUUGGUGGAAAGUUCCCGGUCGAUAUUGGAGUGGAGUUUCCAUGGUACCCUGCAUUAGGUUUCAAUACCUCAAGGCCGAUCUCGCAGAACAAUAUUCGAUUUGAACUUGCGAACAUCCUCUUUAAUCUGGUAGCACUAUAUUCGCAGUUAGCCUUCUCAGUGAACCGUACAACACCAGAUGGACUCAAACAGGCAUGCAACUACUUCUGCCAGGCCGCUGGAGUGUUAGCACAUCUCCGAACAGAUAUCCUUCCUGAUCUUCGUACCUCUCCCCCGGAGGACAUGGAUGAUAUGACACUACAGAGCCUGGAACAGCUUCUGCUCGCGCAGGGACAGGAGUGCUUCUGGCAGAAGGCCGUCAAGGAUGGGCUGAAAGAUGCUUCCGUUGCUCGGCUGGCGGCCAAAGUUUCCGAUUUCUACGCAGAAGGAGGUGACUAUGCGGUCCAAUCGAAUGCUAUUAGUCCUGAAUGGAUUCAUCAUAUGACAGCCAAGCAUCAUCAUUUUGCUGCCGCUGCGCAGUAUCGCCAGUCGUUGGACUGUUUGGAGAAGCGAAAGUAUGGUGAAGAAGUGGCUCGUCUUCGGGACAGUGAAGUUUGUGUCAACGAAGCCUUGAAGGAAUCACGUUGGAUCAAUCGCACUGUGCUAGGGGACUUGCAAGGAUUAAAGAACCGUGUGACGGAGGACUUAAAGCGCGCCGAGAAAGACAACGAUGUAAUCUAUCUCAACCCAGUCCCGCCAAAGUCAGAGUUGAAGAUCAUUGAUCGCGCAUGUAUGGUCGCAGCGAAGGCGCCAUCUCAGGUGACUGAUGCUAUCUCUAUGUUGGGAGACAAUGGACCUUUAGGGCAGCCGUUAUUUUCCAAGCUGGUGCCAUACGCCGUCCAUAUCGCUGCCAGUAUUUACUCCGACCGCCGUGAUCGGCUUGUCAACGAGACAAUUAUCGGGGAGCUGGAGACUAUGACGGAUAAACUACGGGAUUUAUUAUCAUCUCUGAAUCUUCCGGGCUCCUUGCAGGCUCUUGAAAAACCCCUUGGAUUGCCGCCUACGUUGGUCUCCCAUGCGGAAGAAAUGCGCCAGCAAGAUGGUUUGAACCGGUUGCGGAGAUCGCUCGAGGAUACCGCUAGGGUGAAGUCCAAUGACAAAGCUGCAUACAAUGAGGGUGUUGAACUACUCGCCGCAGAAAAGGCAGAGGACGACUCUUCGCGCCGCAAAUACGGUACUGACAGGUGGGCCAGAGAGCCGUCCGAAGCGGCGGCACCGAAGCUGUACACCAGUUCUCGAGAGAUAGACGGUUACUUUUCCUCCGCUCAAAGUAGCGAUAAUUUGGUAGAGCAGAAACUGAAAGACUCGGAGGCGGUCUUCCGAGUUUUGACCGGUACUAACCGGGAUUUGGAGAUGUACGUCCCUAGCAGCCGGAGGGCGGCAAUUCCGCCAGAGGUCGAACGGGAAUCUAUUCGGCUACGGGGUUGCUUGAGCGAAGUCAGCCGGCUGGAGAACCGACGGAAACGCCGAGCGCAAGCUUUGAAGGACAAAGCCAGAUCGGAUGACAUCAGCAAAGCCCUUCUCAAGGAAGCCGCCCGCUUGGAGCGGGAGUUCCCCAUGCAGGCGAUCCAGGCGAGCCAGUUCGAAGAUUUGUUCGAGGAGCAGUUGCAUUUGUACGACACAGACCUGGAGAUGGUGACCCAGGAGCAGCACGAGCAAGACCAGAUUUCUGCACAGGUGCGGGAGGCUAACCGUGCAUUUACCCGGGCGCACACAGGCGAUGCUUCAACCAAGGAGCGCGAAAAGGCCUUGCAAGAGCUGGAGAAUGGCUAUCUGAAAUACAAGGAAAUCAUCUCAAACAUCGAGGUGGGGCGGAAAUUCUACAAUGAUCUGGCCAAGAUUGUGGGUCGAUUCCGGGAUGACUGCAAAGCAUUUGUGCACCAGCGAAGGAUGGAGGCCAGUCAAAUAGAAGGGGAGAUCACCAGCGUGGCGGCGAUGGCCUCGCUCAAUCUCUCUCAACCACAUUUACGCCAGUAUAGCCAACAACCAGCCCAACCCGCCCAGCCGGUUCAGCCUGUUCAGCCUGCCCAGCCGGUUCAGCAACCGACUCAACUUCCACCACAAGUUCCACAACCUCAACCGGUCCAGCACCAACCACCAAGGGAUGAGCCACUAACAGCACCCCAACCAACCCGAGCCAACACAAGACCCUCGAUGGCCCCUGGCGUGUGGUCGCCCGAUAUGGGCAUUCGAUUUGGAACACAGGGAACCUGGGAUCCGAGCAAGGGGGUGAAGUUUUCCUAA